GUUGUGGCCUGAGGGGGAGGAGCCGGUGACGGAGCCGGUGGUCCGAUUGGGAGCGGAUUCGGAGCUGGGGCCACCGGGUGGCUGGAGGAGUUGAAGCGAGGAGCAGAGUCCGGCUUGACUAAGUGGCAUAGGCCUGGCUCUUUGUGAACGCAUUCUUUCUGAAGAUAACCAGAUCCAUCUAUGUAUGGCAUGUCGAAACAUGCAGAAAGCUGAGGCUGCUAAGUCUGAACUUCUCCUGUCCCAUCCUGGAGCUGAUAUCAGCCUUUUGAAAAUAGAUGUUGGAAAUAUUAACUCAGUGAUCAAAGCAGCAAAAGAAAUAAGGCAAAGGUAUCAACAUGUAGAUUGUCUCUACUUAAAUGCUGGAAUUAUGCCAAAUCCUCAUUUCAGUUUGAAAGCCUUUCUAACUAGUCUGUUGUCCAGAAAAGUUUUCAUCAUGUUUCAAACCGGGCAGGGAUUGCUCACCCAGGAAGAUUGGCUUACUGAUGAUGGACUACAGCAGGUCUUCAUGACAAAUGUCUUUGGACAUUUCUUACUGAUAAGAAACCUGGAACCUGUACUUGGUCAAGCUGGUUGUGCAUCACAGGUAGUUUGGACAUCUUCUAGGAAUGCAAGGAAAUCUGCCUUCAGUCUAACUGACUACCAGCAUAGCGAAGGCCAGGAAUCCUACAGUUCUUCCAAAUAUGCUACUGAUCUAUUGAAUGUUGGCUUGAACAAGCACUAUAAUAGCAAGGGUCUGUUUUCUAGUGUGGUAUGUCCUGGUCUUGUUUUGACUAAUUUGACCUAUGGUAUCUUUCCUCCUUUCUUCUGGACAUUAAUUACCCCCAUUCUGUGGCUGAUUCGUCUAUUCAUAAACUCAUUUACUCUGAGCCCUUACAAUGGAACAGAAGCAUUGGUUUGGUUGUUCACACAGAAGCCAGAGUCACUGGACCCAAUGAUGAAAUACCUCAGCUGUACAUCUGUAUUAGGGAAUAAUUAUAUAGCCCCGUGCAAGAUGGAUGUUGAUAUGGAAACAGCUGAAAUAUUUUAUCAAGAGUUGUUAAAGCUUGAAGGCAAGAUGAAAGAAAAGAAUGGCAUGAGUGGGGACCAUAGUUAACAUACUGCAAUUUGUUAAUGGUGCAUGCAACAAUUCUUAAUGGCAGCAAUUAGAACUUAGUUUAUUAAGGGGUGAUUUGGAAAGAUUGUACUCUUAACACCAGAAUAAACACUUUAAUUAUG